AGAAGAGACUGUCAGAAGUUCGGAAUCGGUACAGAAGCUCACAUCGCCAGUAUGAAUCCCGGCCAGCUGUUAGUUUUUGCCAUUUUUGCCACUGCAAUUUCCCUUUCGAUGGGUUUUCCCCAGGACGAUCUAAUUAAGCCGAGUAGUGACGAAUCGGACGUGAGUGGCAUUGGCUUCGUGACGCUCGACGGAACCGCCAGCGAAGAGAGUGACGAAAGCGACCAAGGCAAUGCGUCCGAUGAUUUGAUAUUUUUGAGUCGCCAAAAACCAAAUCCGACCAACAAUUCCGUCGAUUUGAGCGCCUUUGUGGCGCUGAUUCCCCUGCAAGAAGUCCAGUCCAUUGCCGCCCACUAUUAUCACCACGAUGCGGAGUUUCAAAGGGCCUAUGCCUUCCUCGCCAGCAGCGAUUUCGCGGACAUUAAGCGGAAAAUACUUCAGCUGCCGGAAGUGCUGGAGUUCACCAACUAUCUGGGUGCCAAUGGUCUAGAUGUGGUCAAGGUGAUGCAUUCGGUGGCAGGGGUGUUCAAACCGUCCAUUCUGAGCGCCGCAGCGGUCAACGAGCCAACCAAAGCCACAACCACCGAAGAUGGCAGCUCCGCCGCUGGAGAAGCGCAGACUGGCCUCCAUGGAAUGGUUGAGAGGGUCCUGGAAAUUCUGCCGCAGGACCAACUGUACGCCCUAUUCUUCGACGAGUUUGAGAGCAACAAACAGUUCGCAGCAUUUGUCGACAGCAUUAGCAGUCCAAAGUUUGCCAAGAUUUUGAGCGGUUUGCAGAACUCAAUGCCGCUGCGAAAUCUGCUAUUCGUCUUGCACAACAACAGUAUCUAUGUGGAGCGGAUUGUGGAGUCCGUAAAAUCGUAUCUAUCCAUCUCCAGUUUUUAGUUUGCCUAAGUCUUAAAUGUGGCAAAUAAACUGUAUGAAUUAGACAAACCAA